AUGGCGUGGUACUCCAUCCUCCCCCCAGACCUCAUCUACGUCGAGAGCUGGGCCGCUCGGAUCUUCGUCUUCCUCGGCAUCAUCACCAUCUUCCCCUGGGCGGCGCUGAUCGUCUUCGACGUGCUGUUGUAUCUCUGGCGGAUGGGGGCGUACGAGUUCCCUGUCAUCGGGGGCCGGGCGAGAGGUAUGCAACGGCCUCGGGCGCCGAGUCUGAAUGUGAAUGCGAGUGAGAGGAGGGAGGUGCCGAGGCGGGUGUUUGGUCUUGGGGCGGCCGUCAAUGCCGGGGGCGGCGGCGAGGUGGGUGAGCAGUCGGGGGUGAAGAAGAGGGUGGUGAGGGAUACGGAUGGUGAGGGAGGCGCUUGA